GGCAGCCUGUCAAGUCUUAACUGGGAGUUUUGUCAAAGUCUUGACAGAUCCUCAUGUUGGCAGCUCAUUAUGGGACCAGUUGGCUACAAUUAACGUAGAAAGCGGAGAAUUAAAUAUAUAUGUACAUAUAUAUCAGAGAAUUCUUCUCAUCCCAGCCGCGGAUUAUCCUGAUGCCUCCAAGCAAAACCGAUGUCAGAGUGAAGGAAUCCCUGUUUUCUUUUUGUCAGUCAUGACAUUAAGGUUCUCGUCUUUUUCUAUCAAAGACAUCCUCGGCGGACGUGAUGUCCGGGGGGAUCCCGGCACUGUGGCCACCUCUGCGGGGGAGCUUUGCGCGCAAACGCGUCAUUUACGCGCCGGCUGGGAUAACAGCAUCCUUCCCAGAAGACUUCCACCUGAUCCGCGCGUGUUCUCGGGAGACCUCCGGUCUCAUCGCUGCCAGGAGGAGGACAGAGGAAAUGAUGAUCUCAGAGGAGACCCUGCGGAUCAUGCAGAGCGGAACAGAGGUCAGAAACAGCAGGUGGAUGCAGGGAAAGAUGGACGCCACCACCGCGGAGACGCGCUCAGCUGCUCCCCGGAGGCGCAUCGGUGCAGGCCGGCCGCGAAGAAGCGCUCCAGAGCGGCCUUCUCCCACGCGCAGGUCCACGAGCUGGAGCGCCGCUUCCGCACCCAGAGGUACCUCUCCGGUCCCGAACGGGCCGACCUGGCAGGAGCCCUGAAGCUCACGGAGACGCAGGUGAAAAUCUGGUUCCAGAACCGGAGAUAUAAAACGAAACGGCGGGAGAUGGCGGCCGAUCUGGUUGCGCUGAGCUCACCGAAGACUGUGGCUGUAAAGGUGCUGGUGAGGAACGAGUCAAAGGAUCACAGAGUGGUCCACCUCCCCACGACUGGAUCUCUGUACCAGGACUUUCAGUACCACCCCUACUUGUGCUAUCAGCCCUGCAGCACAGACAUGUUCUGAUGAGACUUUAUUUCUCCUCCAUGUUUGUUUUGUUCAGCAUCUCAGAGGACGCACAAAAAGAUGUUGAUGAGUAUGCAAUUAAACAUAUGUUGUACUGAACCUUAAAUGAUGCAGGUUAAAUGAUAGGAUUCAAGAUGUAUUAAAAUAUAACUUUAAAAUGCGGGUCCACACUCAGCGUAAACAAAGCUGGAUCAGCAAAAAACUUGAAUUGUGAUUGAUUUACAUAGGCUGAUGAACAAAUAAAGUAAUCAGACAAGCAUACAAUCUUGGAGAAGAUGCUCAGGUCAAAAUAUAAACGUGUAUCUGCAACAAAUAAAUAAAUAAAUAAAUAAAUAAAUAAAUAAAUAAAUAAAUAAAUAAAUAAAUUUGAGUUAAACGGUUGCCAAGAAUACAUAUUGGGGUUCAAACAGCUGGGCAUUAAAGGACCAUAAGGUUUUGCUAGACAAACUACCUAUUUUUAAUUACUUUGGCUCUUUAUAACGCUUUAAUGUAACUUUUCAUUAGAGAAGAAAAGACUGUGCUGACUAAAUUUACUUUUGUUUUGUUUGGAUUUUAUGAGUUUGCAAUUAGUACAUUUAAAGCAUCCACAUGCUGCUAAUUAAACCCAACUUACUCACUUUACCUCGAGGCCCCAUUUUCUAAAAUCUGAGCUAUUUUGUACCUUGUGGGAGAUUUUUAAUUCAUCGCCAUCCAUGAACUAUUUGCUAUUGACAAAAUCUCAUAUUCUUAUUUUUAACCAGCUGACAAAAGUUUUAAAAAAAGUUAACCUAACAUGCCAUUUCUCCAAAAACUGUUCUCAUUGUUUUCUUCAUUCAUCAUGCAGGCUCAGAAAAGUUUACGUUUUAAAGGUUGGGUUUUAUUUUGAAAUUUUCAAGAAGGUUACAUACAAAUCAUCUCCAGUCAGACAAGGGUAAAGGUUGUGAAGUUUUUUUUUUUUCAAACUGUGGGAAAAAUACUCUGACAUAUUUGGGAGAGAAGAGAAAGUCAUCUCCAGAGUUAUAUUUCAGCACUGCCUUGCAGAAUUAUAGUCAAAAAAAGAAAAAGAAGAUAAAACAAUCAUAAAUCAGCACAGUGUUUACAGUGAGGGGCGAAAGUCAGGAUUUCUAAAAAAUAAUCCUGUCUCAUCUCACCAAAUAGUUUUGCCCUCAGAGUUUUAUCUCCUUUUUUGUCCUUAUGGUGUAUUUUUGGAGAUGGGUUAUUUUUAUCCUUUACUUGUUUAACACUGCCUUUUUUACACUUUUAAAUGGUUAAAAAAAUGGAGAAUUUGUAAAUAAUAAACUCUUUUGAUUAACAAA